GGGGGUGGUGCCGGCGAUACGUUGCUUUCCUCUCUAGCCUCUCCAUUUCUGUGCUCUCUUUCAUGCAGCCGGGGGAGGUCGCAGCAGCGGGCAAUCGGGCUCUGCCAAAGGUGCAGCUAUGGUCGGCGUCUUCUCCUACGAGAGCUUGGUCCAUGCCGUGGCUGGAGCUGUGGGUAGUGUGACAGCAAUGACAGUGUUUUUUCCUCUGGAUACAGCUAGACUAAGACUUCAAGUUGAUGAAAAACGCAAAUCAAAAACCACACACGCAGUUCUUUUGGAGAUAAUUAAAGAAGAAGGCAUCAUUGCACCAUAUCGAGGGUGGUUUCCUGUUAUCUCCAGCCUUUGUUGUUCCAACUUUGUCUAUUUCUAUACAUUUAAUAGUUUAAAAACUCUUUGGGCUAAAGGUCAUCAUUCAACUACAGGAAAGGACUUGAUUCUUGGGGUGGUUGCAGGUGUAGUGAAUGUACUGUUGACUACUCCACUCUGGGUAGUAAACACCCGUCUUAAACUCCAGGGGGCAAAAUUUAGAAAUGAAGAUAUUAUACCAACCAAUUACAAAGGCAUUGUAGAUGCCUUUCAUCAGAUAAUACGAGAGGAAGGAAUCUUGGCUUUGUGGAAUGGUACUUUCCCCUCACUGCUGUUAGUAUUUAACCCUGCCAUUCAAUUCAUGUUUUAUGAAGGGCUUAAGAGGAAAAUUUUAAAAAGACAACUGCAGUUGUCUUCACUGGACGCCUUCGCUAUUGGAGCAAUAGCCAAAGCAAUUGCCACUACCCUCACUUACCCUAUGCAGACAGUACAGUCAAUUUUACGGUUUGGACAUCAUCGACUGAACCCUGAAAACAGGAGAUUAGGUAGUCUUAAAAAUGUCCUCUACCUUCUUCAGCAAAGAAUAAAGCGCUUCGGAUUAGUAGGACUCUAUAAAGGACUAGAAGCAAAGCUGCUCCAGACAGUCCUCACUGCUGCACUCAUGUUUCUUGUCUACGAAAAACUUACUGCUAUUACUUUCACAGUCAUGGGGUUAAAGCAUCCAUUAAAGAACUAAAAUAUUUGGCUAUAAAAGCAUAUAAAACUAAGAGAGAAAAAAUCAGAAUACCUGACAAAUGAUUGGGUGCCAUAAACAAUUUUAUCCCAAGGCCAAAAUUUUAUUUUACUGUUCUUGUGUUUUCAAUCAAAACUGUUGAAUGUAUCAUUCCAGUAUCUAGAAGGCUUCGCCUUUAUUCAGUUUUAUGUAAAGAUUGGGACAUUCUUUGAUUUUCCAUAUAUUUUAAAAUAUCCUUUAAGCACUAAUUCUCCAUUAAUUUCUCCAUAUCAGAUGAUAUUUCAAAUAUUUGGUGUUAUAUGAUCAUCUUAAUAAUGAGUCCAAUAAAGAUUUUAUUAAAAAAUGUCCUUAGAAGAUAAGCUUUAAUUGGCUAAGAAUGUUUUAAUUGUCUUGGAAGAACUGAGUUGUAUUCUCUUAUACCUUCCUGUACCUUAUACCAACCUAAAAAUUUUGAAGAAUGGAUUUGAAAUUGUUCUAAGCAUCAAUUUUAUUACCGUUUUAAUGCUUAAUUAAAUAUUGUGCCAAACUUCCCUAGUAUGAUAAAAUUGAAUAAUAUACAUAAAUAUAGCAUGUUAAUCAUGUCAGAUUUCUGACAUUUAAGAAAUUAAAAUCAUUCCAUACAUACUUUUUUCAUUCUUCUAUCAUAUGAACCAUUUUAACAUAAAUUGUAGAAUUGGGAAUUAUCUUUUUAUACUAGUAAAGCCCCAUCUUUUAAAAAAAUGUAAUUACCAUGUGAGAUUAUUCAAACAUUGUGAUGAUUUAUUAUAUAAAAGUAGGUAACUAUGAAUCUUGGGUUUAUAUGUUACCUCUCUGAUUUAAUUAUAGGGCAGUUGAAAACUUCAGUUUUUUAAAUUGCAUUUUUCCUUUUGUUCUAAUCCAACUUCAAAACAUAGGCAUAAAAAUGGUUUAUUAUUUUCAAAAAAUUAUAGUUAAGAUUUAACUAUGCUCCUUUAAACAGUAUUUUAAGCAAUAUUUAUAUAUGGUUAAUAAACAAAAUUAGUUACUACAGCCAUGCUGAAAGAAGAGAAUAAAGAUAGAAUGUGCAAGUUUAUGAUUCAUUCUUAUUGUGAUAAACCAUAGUAUUGUACUAUCUGUAUAUUAAAUAAAUGCACAUAUGCCCUAUUAUUAAAACUGUAAUUAAAUUUUGAAAAAAAAGAACCAAUCCACAGCAAAUAAUAAACAUUUCAUAUUGUAACUGUAAUAAGUGAAAGACUAAGAAUUAUUCAAGAAUAUUUAUUAUUACUCCAGAUCCAUAAUUGAUUAAUAAAGAAUAAACCUGUUUUGAAAUUUAUUAAGUUAUUCUGUUUUUCAAAACAGAAACAUUGUUUGGACUGUUUCUUAUUUUUGUUUUGCCAAAUAUUAGGUCACAGUAACUUUUAAUCUGUUAUUAUUGACAUGGUGGGAAGGCCAAGCAGUCUCAGUGGACCCUAAGAGGAAUGCAGAUGCAGGAUAGGAAGGAACUAAUAAACUUGAGAGGAGAAAAGCUAAGCAUAAUCCACAGUGGGAUGAAGAAGGCAUGAGAGGAAAGUCAUCCAUCUAGAAGGAACUCUUAAAUCAAACCCAAAAGGAUAUGAAAGCAAACAUCUGUAUCAUUGUCAAUGAAACUGUAUAGACAUAGCUUUUAUGUUUAAAUAAAUUUGGGUGGAGCUGAUGAGAAGUCUUAGGUUGGAAGACACUCAUGUAAUAACAUGGGAAGAAUAUCAAGUUUCCACAGAUUACUUUGGAGUUGAAGAUGUGGCAAGAUAAAAGCCUCAAGGACUGUUGGUUACUGAUUAUUGAAAUAAUAGUUCUCCAAUUAACAACUACAUGCAUCUAGUAAUUGAAAGUGAGGAUGAAUCAAGAAAAAGCAAAAUAGAAAUGAAACCAUUUGUAUAUUUUAAGGAAGAACUGAAAUUAUGAAAACAAACUAGGCCAGUAUAACUCCUUGUACUACUUGUGUGACUUUAUCAAAAGAAUGGAAUGGAAUGUCAAUAUACUAAAAAGGGCUUGUCUUGCUUUCAGUAUUCUUCAAAUGGUAGAAAAAUGCACAAGAUAAUUGAUUUUAUAUAUUAACCAACAUGGAAGUCUUAAAUUGUGCUAUGGAGAAUUGGAUAAAAGAGGGGAUCAGUUGAUAGAUGAUGAUGGUAAUUUUUAAUAUGCUGUGCUGAGAGAUAAAUACCUAUUAGAUGUAACUCAAUGGCAAUAUUUACAGCUACAACGUUACUUAACGCUCAGUCUAGCAGCAAUUUUAGCUUCUGAGACACCUGAGAUACUAGAACAACUGGAUAAAUCUUUUGAAACAAAAGUAUUCCUACCAUUAGCUUUUAUAGGCAUUUGUUAUCAAUAAAUCUGUUAUGCAGAAGUAAAAAGAUGAGUGGAAUAAAGAAUUAGAGCUUGUAUUGCUUAGACAAUGGGAGACUGAAUUUUAUGACAAGAGUGUCAAUUGCUUUAUGAAAUAAAAUAAUAUUUAGAAUGUA